UUUACAUCGUUCUUCAUCUUGAGUAUCAUCGCACCUUUCCUGGUAAUCACACACAGCUUGCAAAAAAAAAAAAAAAAGGUAAUAAUAAUAAUAAAAAAAAAAUAGUCUGGGGGAACAUAGAAGGGAAGGAUGAAGGUGAUCCAUAUCGCACUCCACGUUACGGUCGCACUGCUCCUCGCCCUGGCCUUUGAUUGCUACAACACUCGCAGUCAUCAUUCGUCUCUCCAGGACAUGUUCUCUGCUCUGUCCACGCGCCUACUGUCCCUCGCGACCGUGAGAACACUUAGUAAACAUGCUCCUUCCACCUCCUUUGACCACUCCAAAGACAUCCGCCAUAUCCAGCCAUCCUCUUCAUUAUCGUCAUCAACAACCACAUCUUCGUCAACCAUGUCUGACAAGCUUCCUGUCUACUUUAUCUCUCAUGCUGGCCCCAACCAGGCGGUCGAUGAAUCGGUUACGGCCGACUUUUUCGCAGAGCUCGGUAAAAAAUGGACGUCGCUCUCGGAUCCAACCCCGGCGUCGAUUCUGGUGAUCUCGGGUCAUUGGGAGGGCGAUCAAGGUAUAAUCCGAGUCCGCACAUCGGAGGAGAACAAACUCUACUACGACUUUUACAAUUUUCCCGACUUUAUGUACAAGUUGCAAUAUCCAUCCAAGGGUAGCCCCAAGCUGGCCAACAGAGUCCUGCAGCUCCUAAGUGAGGCAAACAUCCCAGCAGAGGCAGAAACAAAGAGAGGAAUCGAUCACGGCGUGUGGGUGCCGCUCUUACGCAUCCUGCCUAAGCCCGAGAUUCCUAUUGUUCAGAUGUCGCUUGCAGACAUGCGAGACCAGCCGACGGAGAAGACCUUUGAGUACCAUUACAAGCUUGGUCAGGCAUUGACAAAACUUCGUGAGGAAAAUGUGCUGAUUGUGGCGAGUGGUACAGCCGUACAUAACCUGCGGGAUCUGGGCACGUACAUGCGAUCAGGAACCAAAGUGGCACCUUAUGUUGCGCCCUUUGAUGCCUUGCUAGACAAAGUCGCGCUGUCGGAGUCUGAGAGCGAGCGUCGAGUGGCAGCGAUCAAUGAGAUGGCGCAGUCCAAGUACUUGAGGUCUGCUCAUCCAUCGCUGGAUCACUUGCUGCCGUUCCAUGUCGCGCUGGGGGCAGCUGGCGAGGACAAGGCCAAGAUCCUUCAUAAGAACUUUUUCCUGAGUCUGUCCGAGAGUGCCUAUUCCUUUGGCGAGAAGUAGCUCAGAACAGGAACCUAGUCAAAUCGAAAUAGUAAAAAAAGAGAUAUUCUGAGAUAUUCUGCGCAGCGUAACUGCAUCGUGUCAGCCUUACCUCUUUAGC